UGAUGAUUACCGCAAACGUGGCCGGUGAUUAGCCUCUCCGUGGCCGGUGAUCAUCCACUCCGUCCGAAAUCCAAACCAUCCUCCUCCCACAUUUCCGGAUCCUAUGCUGGUGCUACUCCGCGAUUCGUUGGUGUUCGUCAAUUUCCUCGUUCUCAGUUUCUUUCCCCGGAGCGCCAUUUGGUCCCUGUUCUUUCCCUGAAGAUGUCAGACGAGCCGGUCUCAUCGAGGUACGUGAAGCUCACCAAGGAUCAGGAUGCUCCGUUGGAGGAGAUCCUCCCUGGAGAGCUGAAUCAGCCAGUUCAUGUUCCCCAGUUGGAGGUUCGACGAUGCAUCGAGUGCGGGCAGCCCCUUCCCGAAAGCUAUGAGCCACCUGCUGAUGAAGCUUGGACGACUGGAAUUUGUGGCUGUUCUGAGGAUCCGGAGAGCUGUUGGACAGGACUUUUAUGUCCUUGUGUCUUGUUUGGGCACAAUGUUGAGACGCUUUAUGAAGAUAUUCCAUGGACAAGUCCUUGUACAUGUCAUGCUAUCUGUGUUGAAGGUGGUAUUUUACUUGGAGCCGCUACGGCACUUUUCCAUGGCAUUGACCCAAAAACAUCAUUUUUGAUUGGAGAAGGAUUAGUAUUUUCAUGGUGGAUGUGUGGUGUCUAUACUGGUAUAUUUAGACAAUCACUGCAAAAGAAAUACCAUCUCAAGGACUCUCCGUGCGACUCUUGCAUGGUCCAUUGUUGUAUGCAUUGGUGUGCUAUCUGCCAGGAGCACCGUGAGAUGAAGGGCCAUUUGUCCGAUAGCAUUGCUCCAAUGACUGUUGUUAACCCGCCGCCUGUGCAGGAAAUGAGCACUAGUAUCUCUGGAGUUCCAGAGACUGCUCCCCAGCACAAUCAACAUGCAGAGAAUUCAAACAAGAGCAUUAUAGUUCAGUAGGAUUCCCAUAUACGCCCGUUCGAGAACCAGAGGCAUGAGUAACAAACACGGGAUGCCAAUUUUGUUUUUGUGGUUUCUGAUUGAACUUAGGAUUUUAUCUCCAUGAUAGAUGCUGACCUCUGUAGCACCAAAAUAGUGUUUCUUAAACCAUGCAGCCAUGAUCAGAGCUCAGACUCUGCAUCUGGUAAAUUAUGUCCAUCUUCAACUUUUGGUUUGAUGAUUCAACAUUUUGCACUUUUAAUGAGCCCA